AUGCACUCGUUAUGUGCGCAAUCUAGAGCAGUUGCUUCAUUGAAGAAUAUUAAACGUCUGCGCCCAAAUGGCCGCCUUCACCUUCGAUUCUUGGCCACAGAGACAACAGCAAAGACUCUGGCAGCUUCGAAUGUCGCCUCGAGAAUCCCUCCCUACAAAGGCCUUCUCAGAAAGCUGAAGGAAGUUUACAAUGUACUUGGGAGAGAGACGCAGCUCACUCUCGCGGAGAAAAUUCUAUACUCGCAUUUAUAUAGCGUCGAAGAAUCUCUGCUAUCAAACACCCAAAGUGGCAAGGUUGUCCGGGGAAAUGCCACUCUCAAACUCAAGCCGGACAGGGUGGCCAUGCAAGAUGCAUCUGCACAGAUGGCGCUGCUGCAAUUCAUGUCUUGCGGCCUCCCAUCUACUGCAGUGCCUACGAGUAUCCAUUGUGACCAUAUGAUAGUCGGGGAAAGAGGCGCAGACGUUGAUCUUCCUGCUUCGAUUACCGGUAACAAGGAGGUCUUUGAUUUCCUAGAGUCAGCGGCUAAAAAGUAUGGGAUCGAGUUCUGGCCGCCUGGCGCGGGUAUUAUACAUCAGACUGUCCUGGAGAAUUAUGCUGCGCCGGGCCUCAUGAUGCUCGGAACCGACAGUCACACUCCAAAUGCCGGCGGCUUGGGUGCCAUCGCUAUUGGUGUUGGUGGCGCCGAUGCAGUAGAUGCCAUGGUGGAUGCGCCGUGGGAAUUGAAAGCUCCCCGAAUUCUGGGUGUUAAACUGCAAGGGCAGUUGAGCGGUUGGGCUGCCCCAAAAGACGUUAUCAUGAAGCUGGCAGGUCUCCUGACUGUACGGGGGGGCACGGGUUUUAUCAUUGAAUACUUUGGCCCGGGUGUACACACUCUCAGCUGUACUGGCAUGGCUACAAUAUCCAAUAUGGGAGCCGAAGUGGGUGCCACGACGUCGUUAUUUCCGUUCACGCAGAGCAUGAUGCCUUACCUGCGAUCGACGCAUAGAUUUGAUUUAUUGCGCGAAGUCGGCAUUUACGCUCUACUGAGUGGAGAGGGAAACCAGUUGCUCCGCGCUGACCCCGAGGCCCUAUACGACGAAGUUGUUACUAUCGACCUCUCUAGUCUUGAACCGCAUAUCAACGGACCAUUCACGCCAGAUCUCUCCACGCCUCUUUCACAAUUCAAGGAUGCGGUCAAGAUCAACAAAUGGCCGGAAUCUUUUGGCGCAGGAUUGAUCGGAAGUUGCACAAACAGCUCGUACCAGGAUAUGACCAGGGCCGAAAAUAUUGUCAAGCAAGCAUCAGCUGUCGGUUUGGAGCCCAAGGCCGACUUUUUCAUCACACCAGGCAGUGAGCAAAUCCGAGCAACACUUGCCCGCGACUCGACGUUGGAGACCUUCUCCUCCGCUGGUGGCACUGUCCUAGCCAAUGCUUGCGGACCAUGCAUCGGCCAGUGGAAACGUACCGAUGGCGUCUCGAAAGGUGAAACGAAUGCCAUUUUCUCAUCCUAUAACCGUAACUUCAAGGGGCGAAACGAUGGCAACCCAUCAACUAUGAAUUUUCUUGCCUCACCCGAGAUCGUCACCGCUAUGUCGUAUGCAGGCAGCACAAUCUUCAACCCACUGACCGACACAAUUCCCACGCCCUCUGGCAACCCAUUCCAAUUCUCUCCUCCUUCAGGACUCGACCUCCCGUCUGCAGGCUUUGCCCAAGGCAAGCCAGAGUUCGCCCCAAAUCCUGGUGUUCCUUCUCCUGACCAUCCCGUCAUCAUAUCUCCAACUUCCGAUCGUCUGGCCGUUCUUGAACCGUUUGCUCCAUUUCCUGCUGGAGAACUUGAAGGUCUCCGUGUCCUAUAUAAAGUCAAAGGUCAAUGCACGACGGAUACAAUCUCCGCUGCAGGCCCAUGGCUUAAAUACAAAGGCCAUCUACCUAAUAUAAGUGCGAAUACGCUGAUUGGCGCCGUGAAUGCAGAGACUGGCGAGACAAACAUCGCUUACGACCAUUAUAAUCUUGCAGAGUCUGGUGAGCCGCCCAAAAGCGGCAUUCCGCAACUAGCUGAGAAGUGGAAGAACCAAGGGAAAGAGUGGAUGGUGGUUGCUGAGAGUAACUACGGCGAAGGUAGUGCGAGAGAGCAUGCUGCGUUGCAGCCUAGAUAUCUGGGCGCGCGUGUCAUACUCGCCAAAGGCUUCGCUAGGAUACAUGAGACGAAUUUGAAGAAGCAAGGAAUCGUACCUCUGGUCUUUGACAACGAGGGCGACUAUGAAACAGUCCGGGCAGGAGACGUGGUGUCUACAAUCGGUCUGUAUGACAUGUUACGAAACGGCGGCAAAGGAGACGUAAGUCUGAAGUGUGAAAAGAAGGACGGAGAGCAGAUAAUCAAGGUCAGACAUACGAUCAGCAAAGAUCAGGCUGGAUUCAUAUUAGCAGGGAGUGCAUUGAAUUUGCUGGCCAAGAAAGAGGGUACGAAGAACUAA